CUCGUUCCGACCCUCUGCACAUUGUCGCUGACCAUCUCUCGUUUCUUGCAGAUAUCGUCGCUGACCGUCUCUGCCAAAUAUCACCACACGCCAUGUCUUGCAGAUAUCGUCGCCGACCGUCUCUUUCGAAUACCACCACGCGCCGUCUCUUGCAGACAUCGUCGCCCACCGUCUCUUUCCCCUCGCCCACCGUUCCCCCUCGCCCUUCAUUCUCCCCUCGCCCUCCGUUCCCCUCGCCCUCCGUUCCCCUCGCCCCCCUUCCUUCCCCUCUCGGUCCCAGUAACUGACUCCCCCUUCGUCCGGCCAUGUUCCUUCCCCCUUUCCCCCUCCCCCUCCUUCCCCUCCGUCUCGAUACCUUACUCCCGCAUAGCGUUCCCAGUAGUCCACUUCCGCGCUGCGUUCCCGAUAUUCUACUCCUCCGCCGCGAUCUCGGGAUUCCACUCCUCCGCUAC